AUGAGACCAGAUCCACACAGUAUAAUCACUAGGCUUGAUGAAGUGGAACUUACAGACGUGUCUACUGAAACUAGUGAGGCUAGUUCAUCUGUUUGGCACCGCAGAACACUCACGGCAGAUGAUCUCCUGCAAAUGCUACUUGAUGAAAAUGCUGAGCCGAAGGCCUUGCCAUUAUAUCUAUUAGAAGAAAUCACAAAUUAUUUCUCGGAUGAUCAGGAAAUUGGCAGAGGAAGCAUUGCAGUUGUUUAUAAGGGAAUGCUUGGGAAUGUGACAGUCGCUGUGAAGAAACUGUCCGGGUAUCUUAGUGAGAGGUCAUUCCACCAGGAGGUUGAAUGUUUGAUGAAGGCAAAGCACAAAAACAUAAUACGAUUUCUAGGGUAUUGUUCGGACACACGGGGAGAAAUGCUAUCCUACAAGGGAAAGUUGGUCAUGGCAGAUGUACAACAAAGGUUGCUCUGCUUUGAGCUUCUACCAAGAGGAAGUCUUUCUGACUAUAUCAUCUAUGCUUCUGGUGGAUUUGAAUGGAGAACGCGCUAUAAGAUAAUUGAAGGAAUUUGUCAGGGUUUAAAUUAUCUUCACCAGAAUCGUAUUCUUCAUUUGGACCUAAACCCUGAAAACAUACUUAUGGAUGAUAAUAUGGUUCCCAAAAUUGGUGACUUUUGUCUUCUAACGUGUUUUAGUCAACAACAAACCCAUGCUACAAGACUAGCCGGAAGAAUGGGAUAUAUGCCACCAGAAUACUUCAAUGGAACCCUCACGUUCCAAACAGACAUAUACAGUCUUGGUGUUAUAAUCAUGGAGAUGCUAACAGGGAAGAAGGGAUAUUGUGAUGUUGAAUAUAUACUCGAAAGUUGGAGUAACAGAAUCGACAUGUCACUGGAACUGGAACAAGUACGAGUAUGUGCUAAGAUAGGGAUAGAGUGCACUGACUUCAACCCAGUGAGGAGACCAACUAUACAUCAUAUAAUUGAUAGGCUUGUCGAAUGUGACCCUUUUGAGAAUGAGAAGUCUGGAGAGUUGCAUCAUGCAGCUGCUCUCAUUAAGGAUGUAUCCGGCAUCGACACCGAUGGUUGGGGCUCACGGAAGAUUGCAACAGCUCUGAAUAAGACAUGGUGCAUUGAAAGAGCUGGCAAAUCCUGCAAGAUUUCAGAAGACGAAGUAUCAAGGUUGGUCAAUGAUGCAGAUAAAUAUGAAGUUAAGCUGGAUAAGGAUGCUUGUUUGAAAGUCUCUAGACAAAUGCUGCAAGUUUAUGAUUUUAGGGCUCAUGUAAAAAAAUUAUUGAAAGGAUGUGUUUUGCGGGCUAAGGAAGCAUAUGAAGCUGAAUAA